UGAGAAGCACUCAUUGCAAGCCUCAGAAGCAGCAGCAGCAGCAGCAGCAGCAGGUGUUCCUGCAGGGAAGCGUCAGCGGCUGGACGAAGCAGAAGCUGAAGCAGCAGCAGCAGCAGCAGCAGCAGAGAAGCAAAGAAGCAGCGCGCGAUUCAGGGAGAGAGCUGCAGCAGCAGCUGCUGCUGCUGCUGCAGCACCACCACCAGCUGAUGAACGCCCUAGUGUUCGUUUGCUGUCUCCUGCAGCAGGAGCAGCAAGAGACAGCAGCAGCAGCAGCAAAAGGGCCCAUCAGUCUCCGCAGCAGCAGCAGCUGCUGCAGGUGCUGCAGCUGCUGCAGUGUCAGCGAAGGGUCUGGCAGCAACAGCAGCAAAAAGCAAAUGAAGCAGCACGUGCUGCACUGCUGCAGUUUUUGUUUAGUUUAUUAGAGACAGACAUAUUCUCGCUCGCUUCUCACCCCCAAGAAAUGCCUUUGUCUGCAGCAGCAGCAGCAGCAGCAGCAGCAAAAGGCAGCAGCAAACGCAUGCAGCCCCAAGUUGCUGUUCUUGCUGCUGUUGCGAAGGCACACCCGCUGCCGCUACGCUUCGAGUCGUUGCAGCAGCUGCAGCACCUCCGACAAAAUUGUUUGAAGGGUCAGCGAUUUGCUCUAAGCCGUCUUCAAACCACAGGCGUGCAUUGGUGCUGCGCUUCCUUUGUUGCUGCUGGUUCUGCUGCUGCUGCUGCUGCUGCUGCUGCUGCUGCUGCAGGUGGUUCGGAUACUGCAGCAGCACAUGCUGCUGCGAGGGAGGAGGAGGCUGCUGCUGCUGCUGCAGCAGCAGCAGCAGCAGAUGGAUCCUUCAUUCGGCAGGGUGAUUUGCUGCUGCUGAUUCCAGAGCGGCCGUUCUUCAAGGUAGAAGAGCCUGCUGCAGCAGCAGCAGCAGCAGCAGCAAGGCCUAAGCUCGAAGCAGCAAGCAGCUGGUGCGGCAGAACGAUUGAUGAACAAACUACGAGACCCCGCAAUGGAUAUACCAUCGGAGUGGUGGAGGCGUGGGGCAGCCAAGAGCAGCGCCAUGAGGGUUUGACAGUGCGGCUGCUGCUGGGGGCCUCCGUUACUGUUGCUGUCGAACCUCAGAGGAUAAACUCGCUGCGGCUCGAUCUCAACAGCAAGUGGUGGCUGUUCCCGCUGCAGAGUUUGACGCCUUUGCUGCGAGAAGUAAUGUCUCUCUUUCAGUGCGAGGCUUGUCCCUUUGUCUCCUCUAUUCUGUCUCCUCUGCAGCAGCAGCAGCAGCAGCAGCAGCAGCAGCGGCAGCAGCAGCAGAAGCAGAAGCAAGGGGGUAGUAGUGGGUCGUCGCUCCGCAUACGGUCGCUUGCUGAUGCUGCUGCAGCAUUUCCUGCAGCAGCAAGUUUGCUGCAGCAGCAGCAGCGGCAGCACAUGCAGCAGCACCAACUGCAGCAGCUAACGAAAAGCUACCGCCUCAAUCCCUCUCAGCUGCGGCAGCAGCAAGCUGCUGCUGCUACUGCUGCUGCUGCUGCAGCAACAGCAGCAGCAGCAGCAGCACAAGGCAGCAAGAAGAUACUUGUCUGCGCUCCAUCAAAUGCAGCAGUAGAUGAAGUAGCAGAGAGAAUUCUAAACGGAGGCCUUAGCGACCCGUACACCGCACAAACCCUCAAACCCGUCUGCCUUAGAAUCGGGCACCCGGAGCGAAUUCGUCCCUCAGUGCGGGGGAUAAGCUAUGAAUGUCUCUUCACGCAGCAGCUGCAGCAGCAAGAAGCAGCAGCAAGGAGACAGUGCAACGAGGAGACAAGUUUGCUGCUGCAGCGUCGAGAGCACAUACAGCAGAAAAUAGAUGAGAUAGAGAAGCAGCAGCAGCAGCAGCAGCAGGAAGCUCGCAUGCAGCACAGCCAGCAACAGCAGCAGCAGCUGCUACAAGCCGCAGCGCAAAUCCUUAGAGAAGAGGGACAGCCAGCAGAGGCAGCAGCAAUUGCUGCUGCAGGCAGCAACAGCAACAGCAGCAGCAAUCUUGCUCGCGGGGAUGCCUCUCCGUCUGGCAGCAGCAUUGUUGCUUCCUCUGGGGUUUCCGAUGUAUCUCAAAAGCAGCAGCAGCAGCAACAGCAGCAGGGUGGAGAGACGCAGCAGCAGCAGCAGCAGCUGCUUGUGCUGCAGCAGCAGCUGCAGCAGCAGCUUGCUGAGAAGCGGCAGCUGGGGGAUUUGCUGCACCGCAAGCGCAAGGGCCUUCAAUCUCGUUUGCUGUCUCUUCCUCGGCUUAUUAAAAAGCAGUUAAUUGCUGCUGCUGAUGUUAUCUUUGCUACUCUCUCUGGCUGCGGUCAUGAGGCUUUAGAUCCUCUUUAUGAAGAAGAUGCAGACACUGCAGCAGCAGCAGCAGCAGGAGCAGGAGGUAGCGAUACAGCAGCAGCAGCAGGAAACAACGCAGACUCCCGCCGAGGGAAACGCUCUCUCAGCAGCAGCAGCAACAGCAGCAGCAGCAGCAGCAGCAACAGCAGCAGCAGCAGCAGCAUAUUACACUUU